GCGCUUAAACUGAGUUGCUGGUGGAAGUUGCCGGUCAGCAGAAAAGUUUCUCUGGACGGGACAGCAUGCGCUCCUUAGCGGGACUAACUGUCAUCGUGGCGACUGCAAGUGUCUACCUCUACCUGCUGUCGACGCACCUUCCCCCGGGACCGACGCAGCUCCAGCCGGGGUCUGAACCGGAGGGAGAGGCCGUACGAGAGUACAGGCUGACGUUUCCAUCAGACCUGGAGUCACUACAGGAACUGGCCAACACGCUCAAGUUUUACAAAACAGAGAACUACAGCUACGUUCUGCUACUGUUCUGUAGCGCCUACCUCUAUAAGCAGUCCUUCGCCAUACCUGGGUCCUCCUUCCUGAACAUGUUGGGGGGGGCGAUUUUCGGACCCUGGGUGGGUCUGAUGCUGACCUGCUUGCUCGCCACUUUCGGCUCCACGUUCUGCUUCCUGUUGUCCUCGGCGUUUGGGAAGCAGUAUGUGGUUCACUUCUUCCCAGAGAAAGUGGCUCUGCUGCAGAUGAAGGUGGAGGAGAAUCGUAGCAGCUUAUUCUUCUUCCUCCUCUUCCUUCGUUUUUUCCCCAUGACUCCUAACUGGUUCCUUAACAUCACCUGUCCUGUCCUCAACAUCCCUCUAUCCAUUUUCUUCUUCUCUGUAUUAAUAGGUUUAAUCCCGUACAACUUCAUCUGUGUGCGUACGGGCUCCGUCCUCUCACAAUUGUCCUCUUUGGACGACAUCUUCUCGUGGGGGACGCUGACUCAGCUGCUGGCCAUUGCGCUCAUGGCUCUGCUGCCCGGAGCGCUCAUCAAACGCUUUGGCGCCGCUCACCUCAAGCUGGAUGGCGUCACCAGCAAUGGAACCGGCCGGGACAGGAAGAGCAGAUGACACUGAAUGUUAACGCUGCUCUGGUAGAGAUGAACACUUGUGACCUCUAGACCUCUGCAAGGUCACUCUGGAGACUCCAGACAUUCAGGGCGGUGCUUGUUUUGAACUUCUAUUUUCAUCAGGUUGUGCUUAGUCUUUAUUAACAUGAACUUAUUGUCUUAAAACACCUUAGAAGUUACUGUGGUGAAAAUCCUCCUCUUGAAUGGAUGGAAUGUCACAUUUGGCAAGAAAUUGUAAUUAUUUUGCACAGAGUUGAUUAAGUGUCGCCUUCGAGAUUAACAAAUCUUUCUGUUCCUGUUAAAGAUCUGAUGCAUGCACCGCAAAAACACUAAAUAUUACAAAGUAUUUUUGUCUAGUAACUUAAUAAAUUUAAAAU